AUGGAGCGUCAACUCCUCGAGCACUACAACCUCAAGACUCUGUACCCCUCCGAGUGGCCUGCCGAGAAAGACGAAGCGGAGGACUCCGACGACGAACCCCAGCCAAGCCGGCAGUCCACAGCCAUCCAGCGCAGGCGCUCCCGUUACUCGGCCCUCGAGCGCACCGCCUCGCGCAACAGCGUUCCCAACACCGAAAAGACAAAGGAAGGCGUCGACACGCUUGUGCAGAAGGACGAGGCCGAUCCCCUGGGCAAUGCCUCGAGCGUCGUCAACGUGCUGCGCGCGAGGGGACUGCCUGUGGAAGAUGACUUGAAGCUCCGCAAUCGCUUUCUGCUGUCUUCCACCACCUUCAACCCCGGCUUGUUCCUGUCGCAAGUCCACAGCGAUGCCUCCACCGAAUCGCUCCUCCAGGGCUUGGAUUUCCUGUCGCGCUCCAUUGAAAAGAAGUCCGCCUCGCUCAAGGUCCUCGUCGAAUCCAACUUUGAGCGUUUCGUGCGCGCCAAGACAACAAUCGACAAUGUAUACAUGGAAAUGCGCGACCAGGGUCGAGAUCCAGCGCAGCCACAAAGCCACUCUCGGACAGGAUCCCGCCAGUUUAGCGGCCGCCAAAGCGGUCACUAUCGGAGAGCUAGCCAGGCGCUUAUCGCUCCGGGUCAGGUGCCUGUCGGCGACAAGAGGAAGACUGCCUUGACAAAGGAGAGCGAAUAUGGUGUCCAGGGUAUCAAGACUCCUCUCUUGGAAGUCGCUGUCAAGGCCGAAGAAAUUUGGGGUCCGGCCUUGGGUGGUCGUGAGCGUGGAGAAAUGCUCAAGUCCAUCUUGUCAUCUGUUGAGAAGCACCGAAACCUUUUCGAGAUUGGCGCGUCCAUCCAGGACUGCAUUAAGAGAAGGGACUAUGAUAUGCUCCCCGAGGAGUACGGAAAGGCGCGUAGAUAUGCAAACGAUGCCAAGAGAAUUGUGGAGAACGCUACGGACAACCGUCUUCCCCUCACGGACCCGCAGAUUCAUCAGGUCAUUGUGACGGCUAGGAUGUGGACCGAUGUUGAAGAACAGCUUACAGUGUUCAAGCGCGACGUCUGGAAGAGGCUGGCUGGAACGCAUUUUACAAAGCAGUCGCCAUCGGAGGAUGAGAAACCAGAGCAGCACAUGACGCUCAUCAAGGUGCUUCUGGAACUAGGUGUUGAGGACAACCCGAUCUGGGUCUGGCUACUCAGUCGCUACGACUUCUUGAAGUCCAAGAUUACGGCGACUCUUGAACGUUCCAAGGUCGAAAUUGAAAUAUUGCGUCGCCGCCUUGGAAACGGAGAAAGGCCGACCCCACGACAGAUCGCCACACACUUGCGAGCCGCCGAAACGCUGGAUAAGCCCAAUCACACGGGGAAGAUAGAUUCGUCAAAGGUCAUUGAUUUCUGGGACUAUGAGUUUCAAUCGCUCAAUGCGCUUCUUUCUCCCCAAGGUGGCGUGCUGGCAGAAGUCAUCGAAUACUGGGAGACCGCACAGUCGUUCAUUGACGGCAAAGCUCAACGGACACUGCCAAUUGGUCCUGACGGCAAGAGUAAAGCGCAUCAUCGCCUAUCAUCAUCUGGUGUCAUGGAUCUACAGAGCGGUGCGAAGGAGCUUGUGAAUCUGAUCAGAGAGGGCGUGCAGUCCUUCUUUACCGAACCCCCUCUUGAAGACAUCUCCCUGCUUUACUCUCCUAUUCCGGACACGCCCGCGACUCCGAGAACCCCCAUGCCUGGUGGCCCGUUGACACCCGGUCUGGACGCCCGAUUCAAGAUCGAUGCCAACAACCCUCCGCCCUCUCCCAGGACUGGUGCUGGAUGGGAAAAGUUCGCAUUCUGGGCGCCUUAUUCCAACUCUCUGAGUGGCGUGCAGUACCUUAGCAAGAUACUGAUCUUGGUUGGUUCUGCCGCAAGUGAGAUUGGAGCGAUGCGCAUCACGCGUGGCGACCGCGGAAGCGAAGAGCUCAAAAUCUUUGUCGGCACUGUCCGCGAACGUUGUGUGCAAGCGGUCUGCGGUGCCUGGGGUGAGGAUGCCGACUAUGCCAAGUUGCUUGAAGAUUGGACACGAUGGUCUGAUAAUAAGUACUUGACCCAUAUGCCCUUCCGGUUCGUUGGCUUGGACAAUUCCCUUUUGGCUACUGUGCAGAAGAUGCUGUACUUGUCCGAGGCCAUGACCAGAUCUAGCGCUGGAGACGUCGUCGUUCCACCAUCAAGCAAGCUUCUGGCCAUGGUCCGGAGUCAGUUCGUAACCAGCAUUUACAAAGUUCUACAGGGUAUGGUGGAGAACGUGGAGCGACCGAAGAACUUGGACAAUACUGGAUGGGAGGAUGACGUCGAUGGCCUCACGCUACCGUUGCGCACCCUAACAAACCGUGACUUCAGCUCAAAUGUCGUUGAUGCGACGGACAAGAGUAUCCGCAUCCUUCUUACUCUGUCUAACCUCCAGGCCCUCCGGACCGAUCUCAUUCCUCAACUGAUUUCACAGUACGAACAGCACUUCUCGGUCAAGCUCGAGGAAGGCGCAAAAAUCGACGACGCUCUCUCCCAAAUCUACGCUCGCCUCUUCCAGUCAUACACUUCGCCCAUCAGUAACAAGCUUGGUGCCAUCAUCAAAGCUGGUAUCGCCGCACCAGGGUGGGAGCCUGAUACUGACCGUCCUGGGGACGCACGCUCCUACGUGUACGAUGUCCUCCUAGAAUUGGUCGUCGUGCACACGCAGGUCUCGACGACUGCGGCUCCACUCACCAGCCAGAUUCUCAAAUACCUCCUCGAGCAGGUCAGCAAACACCUAAUCGAGAACUUCAAGGCUCGCCAGCGCUACACGCUUGCCGCACUCAUGCAGGCCACGUUGGACGUCGAGUUCUUGGCCCAGACGCUGGGCAACUACACUACGGAAAAGGCUAGCGAGAUCCAGAGCGCCAUAUACAUCGCGCUAGACGAGCGCACGGAUAAUGAUGCGAGAGUGAAGCUGCAGACGGAGUUGGGUGAGCUCAGAGUGAUUUUGAAGAAGUUGAGGGAGGCGACGAAGAGUGAAUUGUGA